AUGAGGGAGCUGGAGCAAGAGAGGGAGGAGAGGAGGAGAGGGGUGAGCGAGUUGACAGACGCACUGGCUCAGGGAAAUGCAGCCAUGGAGCGAAUGCAGAGGGAAGCAGGUGAGAGGGAUAUGGCUGUGCAUGCGCUCAAGCUCGCUGUGGAGUGGGUGGUGCAAAUAGCUCCCUGUAAACUGGAGCUGGUGGCUGUUAAGGCAGCUUUGGCUGCAUUGAAAGAAAGAGUUCAUGGUCUCAAGACAGCUGCAGAAAGGGAGAUGCAUCAAGUUCGGGAACAAAGGGGGAGAGAGUUGGCGGAAGUGAAACAGGAGUUGGCAGCAGUGAGACGAGAGGUAUGUGAGAACAAGUCAGCGUCUCAGAGGAAGUUGAACGAGAUAAGAAACGUCAUUGGUGUGGUGGAACAUAGAAACGGCUGCACUGCUGCAAGCAUGGUGGAGAGGGAGAAGGAGUUGGCUGCAGUGAAGUUGCAGGUGGCGGAAUUGAGUGAGUUUAGUGAGGGCAAGUUGGCAACAGCGAGCCAGGAUUUGUCUCAACAGAUUAUAGCGGAGGUGGAUGAGAUAAGGAUGAAGUUUCAGGAGAGAAACGCCAAGAUUGAAGCUGUGCUGAAGCGAACGGAGAGGGAGUGUGCAGCAGUGAAGCAGCAGUUGGCUGAGUUCAGAAUGGCUGCAAAACAAGAGGCGAAUGAACUGAGGGACAUAGUGGGAGCUUUGCAGGAAGGCAGUGAGGACGGUGCUGCGAUGGUGAGGGAAGAAGGCGGAAGGGAGCUCAUCAAACAAGGCUGUGAGGCCGUGUGGAACAGAACGGCGAAAGGAGGACACCGCGAGGGGGCUGGUCGAGCAAUCUGGCAGAGACUCGAGUCCCCCUCAGGGAAGACCAGGCUUGAUCUGAGCAGUCUUUCUGGGCUCUCUGAUGACGUCCUUGCGCUUGUAUCCACCAUGACUCACCUUACCGCUCUCAACCUGGCUGGAUCCUCGGGCUUCACUGCAAAGGGCAUCAGUUGCCUUAACAAGCUGCUAUGGCUGCAGAAGCUGCACCUGAGUGGCACAACUGUUUCAGAUGAGCACUUGAAAGGCAUUGAGGCAUUGAGCAGGCUCGAGUGUCUCUCCCUCGCGAACACCAAGGUGACCGAUUCUGGCCUGGUGAACCUCGUGAAGCUACCCUCCCUCAAGCGAUUGGAGCUUGCUGGCUGCAGUUGUGUCACAUCUGCUGGGAUGGCGCAUGUGGGAAAGAUCACCACCCUUAAACAGGUGGAUUUGCGGCGCACUGGGGUGGCGGAUAAUGGGUUGCAGCAGCUUACCUCCCUGUUGAAGCUAGAGGAGCUGCUCUUGUCCUCUGGGAGGGUGAUGCCGAAUAAGGAGAUGGAGGCAUGGCAGGGGGAUUACAUUGCGGGGAGAGAGCAAAGGCAGAAGCACGCUGAUAAAGCAGAAUGUUAG